AAAAGAAAAGAAACGACGAUGGCCGUCUCUCGCUGCUCCAUCCUUCUGCUGCCGCUCCUCUUCCUCUCCACCCUCACGCCGCCCGCCUCCGCCUGCGACAGCUGCGUGCACCGCACCAAAGCCGCCUACUACGCGUCCUCUCUCACCCUCGCCGCCGGUUCCUGCGGGUACGGCACGGCGGCCGCGUCCCUCAACGGCGACCUGCUCGCCGGGACGGGCCCCGCCCUGUACAGACAAGGCGUCGGCUGCGGCGCGUGCUUCCAGGUGCGCUGCAAGGAAGAGGAACUCUGCACUACCGCCGGCGUGAAGGUCGUCGUCACGGACCGCGCCAGCACGAAGACGAACGACACCGACCUCGUGCUGAGCAGCCCGGCGUUCGCCGCCAUGGCCCGCCCCGGCAUGGCUGGGCGGCUCGCCAAGCUCGGCGCCGUCGACGUCGAGUACAAGAGGGUGCCGUGCGUGUACGAGGGCAAGAACCUCUCGGUGCGGGUGGACGAGCGGAGCCGCGCGCCCAGCGAGCUGGCCGUCACGAUCCUCUACCAGGGCGGCCAGACCGACAUUGUCGAGAUCGAUGUCGCACAGGUCGGCUCGUUCAACUGGAUGUUCAUGACACACGACCACGGGCCGGCGUGGAGCACGAGCGAGGCGCCGCCGGGGCCGCUGCAGCUGAGGGCGGUGGUGACCAGCGGGUUCGACGGGGCAUGGGUCUAUGCCGAACAUGAAGUCCUGCCGCGCCAGUGGCACGCCGGCGAGGUCUACGACACCGGCGUCCAGAUCACCGCCAUCGCCCAAGAAGCCUGCUCCCCCUGCGACACGCAGGAGUGGAAGUGACGGCUGACGAGGCAAGCAAACAACACCGAUCUGCGUAGCCAAGAGGAAGAGCAUCGAACGAACGGUCAGGGGCUCCUGCAAAGUACCGCGUACAAAAUACUAGUAUACAAAUAAAGAUAUGUAGCAACAAUGAGUAGAUGACGGCUAGGCUAGAACAAAAUACUACUCCCUUCGUUUCAAAAUAGAUGACUCAACUUUGUACUAACCUUAGUACAAAUGAAAUUGAUGGUUGUUUAUGCAAAUA